UAGACGCCGUCGCUGACCUCCUCUUCAAGGCAUUCCCGAAACUUCGCUCAAGACGACAGGACGUGACAACGGCUAUGCGCGCAUUCUACGAGUUCGUCACCGUCGCUACCAACUACGAGCCCCACGCGAAGUUUCAAGGCGAUGCCGUGCUCGUCAAGCCGUCCAGUCCACGCAAGUCGACGUGGAAAUUGCCAACCGACUACGGCCUCUCCCAAUGCCUUCACGGAAGAGUCAAGGUCAAGAUUGUCGAAGGCGUUCACGAGAACUUCGUGUUGGGCCCAGGAGCUCGAGAAUGUGCAGCGAUCAUCACUCAGCAGGUUAUGGGCUGA